AAGUAGGCACUCAGCUUCAAGAUCCUAGAGCCAUGGAACUGAGGGGGCUGUGAUUUGAAUAAUUGCUCAUAGAAAAUCGAAUUUAAUUACAAAAAAAAUGGAAUUUUUAAUCGAACAAGGCAAGCAACUACAUCAAGAUUGCUCUACUCUUCUACUGCCUGCGCUAUCGAUAGGGAAUGUGGGGCAGCUAGCUGUUGAUCUCUUGGUAUCUUCGACGAAGGCGGAGAGGAUUGGGUAUUUGGACGAUCCCUACAUUCUUCCUUGCGUUGGAAACGAUGCCUAUGGACCCAUUCCUUGCGGCGACCUUGCUCUGCCUCUUGAAGCAUAUGACUCACCUGCAAGUGCACUGACUCUCAUUCAACAGCGAUCCCCCGUUGUUCAGGGGAUGAUGAUUGAAUUUGCUAAGAACUUGGCAGAUUUUGCAGUUACUAGCGGAAAGAAACACAUUGUUGUGCUUUCUGGCUUAGACUUUGGGAGAUGGCAAAGAAUUGAUAUGUCAAGUGGUUUACAGACAUAUUAUCUAUCUAGUACCAAUAAUGAUGGAACAGAUGAGUAUUGUGAACAACUCGGCUGGAAGAGAUUGCAGGAAUAUAACCCUGCCCAGAGGUCUUGGAAAUAUCUUAGUGCUUUAGCUGAAGGAAAUGCAUUGGAAGAAAACAGAUUGCCUUUUGAAGAUGAACUAGGAGAAGAAGAUUACUAUCCAAGUUUGCCUUUUGCCGCUCUCAUUUCUUGUUUUAAGGCAAAAGGUUUAAAAGUUACUUGCUUAUUAUGUUACUGCUCUGAAGGGGACAACAUGCCUGAUGCUUUUCAUGUGGCUGAGGCUGCAUGCAAACUCUUGGGGCUGUCUCCAGAUAAUUUCCAUGGUGAUGAGGGUGGUAAAUGGCUAAUCCCAUUUUCAUGGAAGACAGUGUAUGGACCACCCCCAGAUAUGUCUAUGUUUUAGCCUGGGAUUAACCAAACCUGAGGUAAUAUCAAUAUGAUGCUGUGCCAGGUUUUGGUACUCUUCUCAGUCUGUUUUUGAAUCAGUUGUUGAUUCAAAUAUUUGAUCGAAUUUGACAGUUACAUCAUGGGUUGAUACUUCGAACUGUGCAUUCAUCUUGUGAUAUUAAUGGUUAGCUUCCUUCAAAAGGAAUGGAAAUGAGUGUUCUUAAUAUUAA